AUGGCUGAAAAAUCUGGAAUUGUACAAAAAGUGAGUUUUUUUUUCCAGAUUUUCACUGAAAUUUUUGAAAAUUUUGCAGAAAAAAUCGGGAAAAUGCGCGAAACGCAGGCUGAAAUUGUCGAGAAAGUGAGUUUUCUACGAUGCUCCGCGUUUACGCGGUGAAAAAUGAUGAAUUUUGAGCUAGAAAUCGUCGAAAAUGACCGCGUAAUCGUGGAGUAUCGUUUGAAACUACGAUGCUCCGCGUUUACGCUGUUGAAAAUGAUGAAAAUUGCGGUUUUUUGGAUUUCAAACGAUACUCCGCGUUUACGGCAUCAUUUUUAGUGAUGUAAACGUGGAGCAUCGUAGUUCAAACGAUACUCCGCGAUUCCGGGGUCAUUUUCAAUGAUUUCUACCUCAAAAUUCAUCAUUUUUCACGGUGUAAACGCGGAGUAUCGUAGUUUUCACCCAAUUUCUUCCAGAAAACGCGUAAAAAUGGAAUUUUCCGAAUCCAAAGCCUGGGCCCAGCCUUUCGAAGCCCAAUUCUCCUCAAUCGAACAACGACUUCGAGAUUCGACCUAUAAAAUCCUGAUGGGCACCAAAUAUUAUGCGUGUGCUGAGGAAAACAUCAAAAAAGAGUUGAGAAGUCAAAUUUGCCAACAUUUGGUGAGGAAAAACUACGACACUCCGCGUUUACACCGCGAAAAAUGAUGAAUUUUGAGCGGAAAACGAUACUCCACGAUUACGCGGUCAUUUUCCAUGAUUUUUAGCUCAAAAUGCACCAUUUUUCACGGCGUAAACGCGGAGCAUCGUUGUUUUUCCUUGUAGCUCAACUGGAAACUCGAAAAUCGCCCAAUUUUACCGGAAAACUACGAUGAACGCCUCCGUGAACUAUUGAAUUUGUACCAGAAAGUUAGCUACAAAAAAAGUUUGACGACUAAAAAUGUGCUGAAACGACUGAUGAGAAUGAGCCGAAAAUUCUGGAAAACGAUGGAAUUUCGAGGAUUACGGUAAGAUUUUGGGGGAAAUGGGCCAAAAAUCGAGAAAAAUGGCCUAGAAUUGGCCUAGAAACGUGAAAUUUGGAAUCCUAGGCCAUCAUUUGGUUUUCUAGGCCAUUUUUCGGUUUUCUAGGCCAUUUUUUGGAUUUCUAGGCCAUUUUUCGGUUUUCUAGGCCAUUAUUUGGAUUUCUAGGCCCUUUUUGAUUUUCUAGGCCAUCAUUUGGGUUUCUAGGCCAUGAUUUGGAUUUCUAGGCCAUAAUUUGGGGUUCAAGGCCAUGAUUUACGUUUUUAGGCCAUUUUUGGGUUUCUAGGCCAUUUUUUGGAUUUCUAGGCCAUUUUUUGGUUUUCUAGGCCAUGAUUUGGGUUUCUAGGCCAUGAUUUGGAUUUCUAGGCCAUGAUUUGAGUUUCUAGGCUAUUUUUCGGGUUUCUAGGCCAUUUUUCGGUUUUCUAGGCCAUGAUUUGGAUUUCUAGGCCAUUUUUCGAUUUUCUAGGCCAUGAUUUGGAUUUCUAGGCCAUUUUUUGGUUUUCUAGACCAUUUUUCGGUUUUCUAGGCCAUUUUUUGGAUUUCUAGGCCAUUUUUUGGAUUUCUAGGUCAUUUUUCGGAUUUCUAGGCCAUUUUUCGGUUUUCUAGGACAUUUUUCGGAUUUCUAGGCCAUGAUUUGGAUUUCUAGGCCAUCUUCAGGCUUUUUGGGCUCAUUUUCAUCGAUUUUUUGCAGACCCGAAGGAAAUUUGGACGAAUUCGAGAGAAAUUUCGAAUUUUGCCGAAAUCAGCUCGAAAAUCAGGCGGAAAUCUACGAAAUUCAAAUGCGCGAAAAAGAUCAGCGAAAUUUGGAUUUUGUGUGAGUUUUUGGGCCUAAAAAUGGCCUAGAAAUGGCCUAGAAAGCCUAAUUUUUGUUCCAGAUAUCAAGGAAGACCAAAUUCGCCCGAAAAUCCGGAAAUUUCCAGCCAAAAUGCAUAUUUUCAACAAAAUUUGUGAGUUUUUAGGGGAAAAACGGCCUGAAAUAGGCCCAUUUUAGGCCUGGUAGGCUUUUCAGGCUCAUUUUAGGCCUUUCAGGCUUUUCAGGCUUUUUUUUUUAUUUUAGGCCUAAUUUCUUCUUCCAGAUAUGAUCCUCAAAUGUACAGUACUCCAAAUACGUGUCAAUUUUUCCCAAGGUAAAUUUUGGCGCCAAAAUUUUUUUUUUCAAAAAAUUCAAAUUUUUUUCAGCUCAACAUCUCAACCAACUCAGAAAUUUGCAAGUUUUCCCGAAUUUUUUUAA